UUUGCACAGGCAGUUGCACCUUCUAUGGUGGACCGCAGACAAGGACUUAUCGUCAACAUUGGAUCACUUGCGGGAAACAUCGCUACCCCAUGGAAUGGAUUAUACUCUGCAGCCAAGGCGGCAGUUCACGCACUCAGUGACGUUUUGGCUAUGGAAUGCAAACCCUUCGGUGUUAAAGUCAUGUUGGUAACACCAGGUCAAGUCAGGACAAAUAUCAGUGCUAACCAGGCAGCCACCUUGGAAUUAUUCCCCACGUCCAUCUACAAACCUUACUUCGAUCGGGUGUAUGAACGCCUGGAUGGUACAAGCCAAGGGGAGCAUGAAUUCUUUGCACACUAUGCGGUUGCAGAAGUACUGAAUCCAGACCCUCCAAGUUGUAUAUUGCUUGGAGUCAAGUCAGAUCUUUUCGAAUUCCUCUGCUGGUUCCCUCGUUAG